AUGCUGGUUUUUACAAUGCUAAUCAAUGUUAAAUCAAUUAGAGCGAUGCGGAUUCGUAUUCAUUCUUGCGACCGUGUCUUUGUCCUCCUGCGAAUCGCUGUCGUUUUCGAGCGUGUUGCAGUUACUGUCGUGACAAAACAGGUCUACAAACAAGGUCACAACUACGUCGGUUUCUACCAGAAGCACAAUACAGGACCUCUCGAAGGGUACCCCUGCGCGAAAGAUCAAGGAAAUGUGAUGAAAUGCUCCACAUCAUGUAUACAAGCUCAGUUCAUCGAGCAGGAAACCGGGAAUGUUUACACGUAUCGCGACUGCGGUACGUACCUCCUCCAAGAAUUUGGUACGGAGAAAUUCAAUCUGUCAUACACACAGUAUGCCAUGAUUCUUAGCGAUGUUGAUGAUAUAGGUAACACUUGGGUGUUCAAGUUCUGCAAUAAAGAGAAGUGCCUACAUCCAUCGGACUAUGAGAUUACAGAUGGCGAUCUGACAGGAAGAAGUUCAUCCGAGUCGUCAUCGAAGCUAUUCAUUGUAUCCUGUGCUGUAGUAAUUGGAAUAGUCGUAGGGCUUGGAGUUGCGAAAGUAAUGAAAGUGUUUGACGGCCGGCAUCCAAGACGUGGAGCCCCACCACUGGCUAACGUCGAGCUUCUUCACGAUAACGAUCACGAACCUGUCGCCCACAUUUCGUUGCCGCAGCAGUGA